AUGGCUACAGGUGCCAGCGGGAUCCCCAGUGCCACUGGUCGCCAUAUCCCAGAGGGAGCCGACCAGCGACACUCCAUCAGCCCAGACCCCAUGGAUGAGCAGAUGACUGAGGAAGAAGAAGAGGAGGAGGAAAAGGGACAGAGAGAUACCCAGUCAGAAGAAGAAGAUAAGUUCAAAUUAACCAAGAUCCAGAUGGCAUGUUUGGAUUUUUGCAUUGAGCUGCUGAACCAGCGGGUUCAGGUGGAGGAUUAUGAGUGCGCGCUGGUAGACACGUUGGCGGUGCUGGGACGGGGGGAGUAUGGAUGGCGCGACGCCGAGAGCUACCCACCAAUGUUGUCACGGAUCAUCAAGGUGGCACGGUUCAUGGUGGUGCACAAGGCGCUGCGACUGGACGCCAAUGCAUCCGACAUGCUGGCCAGGAACCAAGCAAGCCAGAUGGUGGGAGAGUGGGCCGUGGUGAGCCCCAUGGAGGAGGCGGAUUACACGUUCACAGGCAACCAGAAUGAAGGUCCCAUGCAGUGGAUGCUGGACCUGCGCACGUAUGGAUUGAGGGUGCACUACAGCAACACCACACCCGGCCACGUCGGCUGGAUGGGAGGGGAUGAGCUGCUGUACAAGGACAUGCACUUCACCAUGGGCGACUUCCGGGGCUUCACACACGGGCUGGUGGGAGCGACGAGGCGGAUCCUGCGGGAGGAGUUGUUGUUUGAGAAUGAGCUGAAUGGACAGCAGCCACCAGCCAUCCCAUGGUCCACGAUGCGGGAUGACCCCACCCAGGGAGGGACGGGGUGGAAUUUUUUAAAGGACAGCCGCACGCGGUGGCCGGCGAUCAACGCAUACCUGCGCUGGGUGGUGAGAUUCCGGGAGAAGCUGAGCGUGGCGGUGCAUGUCACGGCGGGCCAACCGGCACGGGCGCCCGAGCUGCUCAGCGUCCGACCCAUCAACACCGAGAACGGGGGCCACCGCAACAUAUUCAUAGAGGAUGGGAUGGUGGUGUUCGUCACGCGGUACCACAAGGGGUUUCAUGCAUCCAACGACAUCAAGGUGAUCCACCGGUAUCUGCCAAGGGAGGUCGGGGAACUGGUGGUGUGGUAUUUAUGGCUGGUGCUCCCAUUCGCCCAGCGGCUGCAGGAGUAUCGACGACGGAUCCGAGAGGAAGAGGGAAAUCCAGAAGAGGAGAACGCCAACCAACGGGGGACAUACAUGUGGGGAGGAGACCCCGACGGGCGGGCCUGGACGUCCGAGCGUUUCCGGGAGGUGUUGAAACGGGAGACCCGCAUCGGGCUACAUGGUCAGGGGUUGAACCUGGCAGCAUACCGGAACAUCGCCAUCGCGAUCAGCAGGCAGUUCAUGCGCCCAUCCAGCGCGUUCAAAAACAACAGCCAGCAGGAAGAGGAGGAGCAGGUGGCCGGCAGCAAUGGAGAUGAAGAUGAACCCAUGGACCCCGAGGAAUGGCUGGGACGGAUCACAGACAUGCAAGCGGCCCACACAUCACACGUGGCCGGCAUGGUGUACGCACGAGGGAUCACGGAGCAGGCCGGGACCACACACCGGCGCCGUGAGAUGUUCCGGUUGAGCAGCACAGACUGGCACCGGUUUUUAGGGUUUGAGUCGGCAACGACCGAGAAGACGACGAGGGAUGCGGUGCUGGGAAAACGCAAGCGGGCACCAUGGGAGACAGAGGCCGAGGAGGGGCGUAUGGAGCGUCGAUUUCAGCUGCAGCAGACCGACAUGGAGGCCGAGCUGCAGCGGAUGAUGGGUGACAAGGCACUGAAGUUUCGAGGGGUGCAGGCGGCAGCGAUACGGGCCAUCCAGGACGGUGAAAGUCCCGUGGUGGCCAUCAUGCCAACCGGAGGGGGGAAGAGCAUGAUGUUCAUGUUGCCCGCGUGGGUUGCACCCGGGGGAACAACGGUGGUGGUGGUUCCACUGGUGGCGCUGCGAGGGGACAUGCAGCGGAGGUGCGAGGAGCUGGGGAUAUCAUGUGUGGAGUGGGAGAGCCGAAGACCGCCCGAUGAAGCAUCGAUGGUGCUGGUGACACCCGAGUCCGCAUUGAGCGAGGACUUCAUCACAUUUUUGAACCGACAGCGGCUGAACCACCGACUGGACCGGAUCGUCAUCGAUGAAUGCCACACGGUGCUCAACGACCAGGUCAACUUCCGGCCCCAGAUGCAACAGCUCGGCAAGCUGAUGGCGGCCAAGACACAGAUGGUGCUGCUGACGGCCACACUGCCACCCGGUGAGGAGGAGAAGCUGUGGUCCCGCAUGCACUGCACCCGAGCGGACAUAUCAUUGUUCCGGGCUCGGACAUGCCGUCCAAAUGUGGCAUACCGAGUGUGGCAACCCAUCAUUGAAGGGUCAGAGUACGGUGGGCUCAACCGAUGGUUUCAAGCACCCAGCGUGGUCAGGUUCAUCCAGGACCGCAUGAGACGGACGGGAGAAGGCAAGGGGGUGGUGUACUGCCAGACGGUGAAUCAGGUCACGACGAUGGCAAGCGCAUUGGGGUGCGAGGCAUAUCACCACCACCAGAUCGACAAGGCCGGCAUACUGGAGCGUUUCCGACAAGGUCAAUACCAGGUCAUCGUGGCGACAAGUGCACUGGGCAUGGGCAUCGACAUCCCCAACAUCCGCAGCAUCAUCCACGUCGGACGGCCGCGAUCAUUGCUGGAUUAUGGACAGGAGAGCGGGCGUGCAGGGCGUGAUGGACAGUCCAGUGAAGCCAUCAUCAUUGAGCCCGAGGGUAUCAGUGCAGCAAUGAUAUGGUCAAGAAAGGAUGCACCAUCACUGCUGGACCAGAAGCUGGUUGAGCGGUACAUGCAGGCAGGGGGUGAGGGGGGUGAUGAACCGAUGGCUCGAUGUCGACGGGUGGUGCUGGACCGGUACCUGGACGGGGAAGUGGAGGGUUACAUGAGACGGCACUGCGGUGAUCGACACACAGGGGAGUCCCAGUGUGACGGGUGCGAUGCCGAGUGGGAGGCCAGGGAGGCCGUGUUCACCCCCAGCCCAGGUGGCACGCCCACGCCCACACCCAGUCCAGGCUACAGUUCAAGAGCAACAGCCAAGGAUGACUCCAGCGAGGAUGAAACCAGCCAGGAGUCAGAGAUGGAGAGCCAGCAGGGUGAAACCCACAUCAGAUUCAACGGCACAUGCAGUCCCAGAAUGGCCAGAAGUGUGAGCAAGAGCACAGACGACAACAUAAAUGAAAGCAUCACCAAGAAUGAAGCUUCAACUUCAGGCGGGAGCAGCCCGGGUCAAUGGAACAAGCAAGAGUCAAGUGAAAUCAGUGAAGACACCAGGGGCAUCCCAUCAACAACCAGACAGACAUUCCACAAGCAGGAUGUCCGUCGAGGCCGGUUCAUCAUCACACACCAGCAGCGAGGGCAGAGGGCAUUGAUGGAUGAGGAGGUUUUAGUGGAAGAGGCGCAGAGGUGGAAGGAUCAGUGUUUGAUAUGUGCAAGUGGCAAGCGGGAGUUUGACCAUGAGCUGUACCAGUGUCCCCACGAGGAGAGCCAGGAGGCAAAGAGAUGGAUGAUGACAGUGCGGAGCAAGAUCAAAUACACACGGUAUUCCGGGUGCUUCCGAUGCGGGAUGCCGCAGUCCAUAUGCAACAGCUGGAAGACACAGAGACAGUGUCCGUACAGGGGAUUUUUGAUCCCGACGGUGGCAAUGAUGGUGUAUGGGUGUCAUGCAGGGCAGAUGAAGCAGGCGUGGAGACAGCGGCUGAGAGAGUUCAAUGUGGAUGCAGAUGAUCAGGAGGCGGUGAUUGAAUUUUUGGGACAGAAGGUUGAGGGGCAGGGCAUCGAGCACAACCAGCUGGUGGAGAUGUUUUGUUGGCUGCGAGGGAUAUAUCAGGAGGCAGAGAGGGGGAAGAUGGAGUCAGAGGGUACAGAGGUCAAGUGA